UUUUGAAAUUUAGCCCAACUUACUCUCAAAAGAAACAAAAUACGUAUUUCACUUCGCUUUGGCCAUCCAUGGCUUCUACAUAUGAGCUUUUCUUGAGCAGCAGCUUUUCUUUUCUUUACCCGGUAAAAUACCAAGUUAAGGUGAAAAAAUGUAACCACCCAAUAACGUUUAUGGUUAGUGAACAAGUUACAAUGAAGGCUGUAUAUAAGCUGUAUGAUAGAAGUCAUAGAAGAGCUGGUAUUUCGACGACUGACCUCAGCUUCAAUGGAUGCCUGAAUGAUGAAGAAAAGGGUGUCACUAAAAAUAGUUAUUUUGAAAGAAUUGAUACUUCCCGUGAUAUUUUUAGUGAUGAUGAGUGUAUUAAUGAUGCGCAAGUUACAAGUUAUUCUUCACAAAGUUUGUUAGAUAGGCGGUUUGUGAUUAGUGUUUUAAGCUUUUGUAGCCGUGAGGGGUAUCUUGAACUUGGAAGAAGAUACCAUGCUUUCAUUAUUAAGAAUGGAAUUGGCGAUGAUCAGUUUGUGGGUACUAGCCUUGUUGAUAUGUAUGCUAAACGUGGAGAUGUGGAUAGUGCGGUUAUUUUGGUUAAUCAAAUGCCUUUUCUUGAUGUUGCUUCUUGCAAUUGCUUGAUAUCUGGAUAUGCAAACAAUGGGUUGUUUGAUGAAGCUUUUAGUUUCUUCGUGAAGCUUGAUAGUGUAGGGGUUAGGCCAAACCAUUAUACAUACUCAACGUUGUUAGCACUUUGUGGCAGUCUGUUAGCCAUUGAGGAAGGGAAACAACUUCAUGCUCAAAUUGUGAAGACACAAAGUUCAUCUAAAACAGCAGUAGAUAAUGCACUUUUGACACUGUACACUAAGUGUGGGAUGAUGAAGGAUGCUGAAUCUUUGUUUGAUAGUCUUGUGCAUAGGAAUGUGAUUUCAUGGACUGCAAUUAUUAAUGGAUGCCGACAGCAUGGGGAUUUUGAGAAGGCUUUAAGACUGUUUUGCUUGAUGAGAGAGGAUGGUGUUGAUCCAAAUGAGUACACUUAUACAAUUGCUCUUGCAUCUUGUGCAAGUAUGAAGAAUCUUGGUUGUGGUCGCAUGUUUCAUGCUCAAGUUCUUAAACUGGGGAUGGCUUUAAGUGAUUUUGUAGGAACUAGCAUCAUAAACAUGUACACAAGACUUGAAAAAAUAUGUGACGCAAACAAACAGCUCAAAGAGAUGGGGAAAAUGGCAUCUAAUGUAUCAUGGAAUGCACAAAUAGCAGGGCUAGUUCACAAUGAGAAGGCCAGAGAGGCUGUGGAAGCUUUUAAUGAAAUGGUUAAGAAUGAUGCAGCAUGUGAUGAGUUUACCUAUUCGAUUAUGUUGAAAGCUUGUUCUUUGUUGCCAUCACCUGCAACUUGUGAGCAGAUACAUUCUCGGUUGGUGAAAACCAAGUUUCAAUCAAACAUGCAUGUGGGAAGCUCAUUGAUAGAAGCUUAUAACAGCUGUGGAAGUAUGGAAGAUGCAGAAACAGUUUUCAGUCAGAUGUCAGCAGUAGAUGUGGUAGCAUGGAAUUCAAUGAUCAAAGCUUAUUCACAAAAUGGCUAUCCAAGAAAGGCUAUAAUCUUAUUUCAAAAGAUGGUUGAGCAAGGAAUUAAGCCAACCAAUUAUACUUUCCUAGCAGUUCUUUCUGCUUGUAGCCACUCUGGCUUGGUUCAAGAAGGCCAUAAAUUAUUUGAAUCCAUGGAGAAAGACUAUGGUAUCCAACCGGAAGAGACACACUAUAGUUGCAUGGUUGACUUGCUGGGAAGAGCUGGGCAACUAGAAAAAGCACUUGAUUUCAUAAACAAUUUGCCCAUCAAACCUACAGCUCCAUUAUGGAGACCUUUGCUGGCAGCUUGCCGGUGCCAUAGUAACCUUCAAAUGGCAGAAUUUGUAGCCAAGAAAAUAUUAGAUUUAGACCCAAAAGAUGCAACAGUUUAUGUAACCCUCGCAAAUAUGUAUGCUGAAGCCGGAAAACGUCUUGAUGCAGAAAAUCAAAGAAAGCUAAUGACACUGAAGAAGGUUGCAAAGGAACCAGGAUGUAGCUGGAUAGAAGUGCACAACAAGAUCUACAGAUUCUUUUCACGUGAUAAAUCUCAUCCUGAAAUGCCAGAAGUAUAUGAGAAACUGAAGCAAGUAAUGCAACAAAUAGAAAAUGUUGAGCAUACCCCCAUUGCAAAGGAGGAUAUGGUUUUAUAUCACAGUGAAAAACUUGCUGUUUGUUUUGGCCUUAUCAGCCUGCCAGCAAAAAAACGAAUUCGAGUGUUCAAGAACCUUAGAGUCUGCACAGAUUGCCAUUCUUUUAUGAAGUACAUAUCAAAAAUUGUUGAGAAAGAGAUAGUAUUAAGAGAUAAUUAUCGCUUCCAUCACUUUAAGCAGGGUUCCUGCUCAUGUGGGGAUUUUUGGUAA